AUGGAGCAGCCCCAGUUCGUUUUUUUGAAUACAAUGGGAGGCUCAAGUCUCUCUCGACCAGCCGUUAAACGAAUGAGGGCGCAUAUCACGAAAAGCAAUUUCGCAAAAAGGCGUAGGGCUGUGGGCACGCCACAGAGAGCAAUAGAAAAUUUGAUGACUAUACAGGAGAACAAUCUACAGCCGUCGGCGUGUAGCAACAAGUCCAUGGCCUUCGACGGCGACCGGACUAUCCAUUUGCACCCCGCACUCACUUGCCCUGAACCAGCUCGCGACCCAAAAGCCUUGCAAAAGCUACAGAAACUUGUAUAUCUGGAAGGAAUACGCUCUCCAGUUAGCCCAAAUGAGGCAGCGUGGUUCAAUCUGAUUGCGUCAGACCCGGCUUUGAUCGAAUCGACAAUGGCAAUAGCUGUGCGACUCUGGUCUCCGGACGAAAAUUGGCAGAUUGAAGCCUAUCAACAUUCAGAUACAGCUCUUAAUCUCAUUAAGCGGCGACUAGAAUCCGCGGCGACCUCGACCGACGGCGUUCUCGGAGCAGUUGCCACAAUGGCGCUCGGUGCUUCCUUGGAGAACGAUGACAUUGCUUGGAAUAUUCAUAUAGAUGGCUUGGUCCAGAUUUUGAAAGAACGAAAAUUACGAAGCACUGACCCGCCGCCACCGUGGCUUUCAGAUCUCGUUGUCCUGGACUCGGUCAAUGCAGUUUUUGAUUUCCCGCGGCUAUAUCAUGAAAGUGUUGUUGAAACCUUGGCAGAUUGCAACGAUCAAAGAAUCUCACGAAUAAAAGUAAUCUGCGACAGUGUCAUCCAAGUACGACAAACAAUCAGCUCCCAACACAGCCGGGAGUUGGAUUCUGAGUUUAUUGCACGAGAGAUUGAGGAGCCACUGGCCAAUCUCCAUCACGAAGUACGAGCACUUCGAGCUGUCGACGACUCAUACGUUCAAGCCACUGCACGAUCGAUGGAACUGGUGCUCUAUCUACUUUGGCCUUCUCAAUCAGGAGCUCAUUUAACACUCCUUGCCAGUGAAUUGAAAGAUAUAAUCUGCCAAUUUCCAUUUCAAGGAUGCUCAUAUAUGAACUUGACUUCUUUUCAGCUCAUGAUUGGAGCUAUCGCUGCAAGCGAGAACUCGCCUACAAGAAGAUGGUUUGUUGACAGGAUGGCUGGGGAAGUUCGAGCGAUGCAACUACGUGGCUGGAAUGAACCUCUAAGUCUGCUCACGAACCGUAACUUGCCAACUAAGGCCCUCACAGGACGACUUCAAGCUCUGUGGGAAGAAUUGUAUCAUCGAGCCGCUGAGCUCAAGGAGCCCAUAACACAGUGA